CAGGUGAACGUAGAAACGCGCAGAUGUGCCGGGAGCCCCAACGAGGGUGUGUUUUCAAGGUGACUGUAGACCCGAACGUACGCUUCCGUACACACCACCGUUGAGCAGGGGUGGCGUGUACCCUAGACGCCACUCUCUCUCCAAUCUGGAUCUCCAGAUAGUGAGACUGGAGCCGUGUGUAUACUUCCUUUCCGGGAUCCGUUUUCACGCGUUGCCUUCUCCGUUUUUUCGGCGGACUUCUGACGCGGACAGUCGCGUCCGUUUUCCAAGCGACGUUUGGUGCCCACCCUCAGGAGUCGCUGUCCAGCCUUUCGCUAGUCUCUGAGUGUGCCCGGGCCGCCGUCGCGAGACGGAAUGGAGACCGGCGAGGUUUUGGUUCUUUCUCGGAGGGAGUUGGCGCCUUGUUCCUCUUCUUCUUCUCUGGCUUCCGUUGCGCUCCUGCCUCCAACUCGAGAGCGAAAAGGGGCGAAGCUCGGGACUCCGAGCACGGUAGAGAAAAAGAAGAAGCGCAAAGACCCUCGGACUGAAACCCAGACGGGACCUGUGCAGUCCGUCGAGACUGCGGUGUCAUCCUGUGAAUUUGUCGAUUCCCCUGACAAAAGUGGUGUGCCCGCAGCGUCUUCCUUGAAGACGCCUUCCGGCUCUCGUAUGUCCUCGAAGCGCGUGGCGCGUGGCCGCGGCCGCGCCCUAGGAGCCGGUGAAGACGAGAGGCUCGUCCAAGUUUUUUCCCCUGAGCCAGUCCAUGUGGCUGUCUCUUCUGGCCGCGAGAGGGGCAACGAAGGCCAGACACAGGAAGACAGGGGACAAGGAGACCCGCACGCGUCAGCGCCUCAGUCAACGCAGCGGACUCCAGAAGAUGACGGUCAGAAACAAGCGAAUCGAGGAACGUCUCGGAACAGACGACGCAAGGAAGAACGAGGAGGAGACGAGGCAAUGAACCUUACGUCUGCGCCUGUCGACAACAGCGAGGAAGCUGCAGAUUCCGCGACUGUCGCUGUAUCAAGUCAUGUUUCCGGCUCGUCUUCAGCCUCAAGUCAUAACAAGAACUCUCGACGCUGUCCGGAUUCCCCCUCCCUUUGCGCUGUUGCGGCCUCUGAGACUGCAUUGGGAGUUCAUGUUUCGGGUCGCUGUCGAGUGUCCGCAGACAGCGCUCAGGAGGGGCCGAAGGAGGGGAAGGGAAGAGCCAGGAAGGGGAGAAAAGAGAGUCAGGGUGGCGUGAGACGGAACGCUGGCUCCGACCGCGACGAGAAGAAGAAGGAAGAGAAAGGAGACGCGGCGAGGGAGAACCUGUCCCGCGCGUCGUUGUGUUCCGCCUCGCUGGUUCCUCCGAAGGAGCGGAAGGAGGAAGAGAAACACGGUAGAGAAUCGGCUGUGUCACCAGCCGACGCCGGAGAGGCGAAACCCAAGAAAGGACUGGAAGAGCAGGAGAAACGGAGGGAUAAGCAUGGAAAAACGAAGAAAAAGUCGAGUAAGAAAGACGGGCUUCCGUCUGGAAGCGCUGGGACGAGCAGAAGCCGGAAAGUUGAAAAGAAAGGCGAAGAAAGGGAAGACAGAGAAGAGCAGAGCGAGUCGACGCAGCCUGGCGAGGAGACGGCGACAGGAGAGAAACCGAGGGCACUGUCGAGGUCCGUUCUAGACGGGGAGCCGCAGGGCGAUAAGAAAAAGAAGAAGCCUGAAUGCUCGACACCACCGCUGCGUCCUGCGCAGCCUGCGAAACUGGGCGUAGAAAAAACGCAAACGUCUCGCGAUACCAAGAAAAGGAACGACAGGCGAAGCACCGAAGGCGUAUCUUCGUUGUCGCCAUCUUUCAGUCCGGCGUUCACGACCCUGUCGCCCGCCAGGACUUCUCGUUCUCUUCCUUCGUCUUCCUUGGGUCGCGAAGAAGAGAAAGAAGAGGCGAGCGCCAGAUACGAACCCCCGAGUGUGUGGGGUUGUGUCCCCACGAGGCACAGCGAACCGCGGAUGGGGGUGUCUCUCUGCACCCCGUUGGGCUCCAUUCGUUUCGGCGGCCUGUCAAGUGCUCUGAGUGCGUCGACGAGCUUCCUUCUCCAGAGUUUGGUUCAGAGACAAGAAGCCGCGAGGCAGAUGAAGACGAUUGAAGGCGGCGGGUCUGCUCAAGGCCCAGAAGGAGAAAGUCAGCCUUUUGUGGAGGCCAGCGCAGCCCCCAGCUGCCCCAGCGGAGCGCCGAGCCGUAUGCACAAACCCCAGGAAGGCGGAGACGAAAAUCGUGAAGGACAAAAGCCUCCAGAGAGAGACGGGAUGACACAGGGGCUUCGCCCGCGGGCCGGGAGCUCCGAAUUAGAGCGAACGGAGAUUCCGAAGGAGAAGGGUGCCAAGACAUUGUUCUUUUCACGAAGAGAUGGAACUCUGGACUCAUUCUUCUACCUUCUCGGAUCGAUGCCUAACUCGUCCUCUACCGCUCCCGCCUCCGCCGCUUCGUCCCGGCCGCCUUCCGCCGUGGUUUCUUCCCCGCUGCAGGAUGUCCGCCAGGAUGCAGGUAAAGACAGAGACAGUCCAGCAGGAGAGGCUGGCGAGAAGUCGGAAGCGGCCCCUGUCUCCCCCACGAGCUUCCUGCUGGGGCUCCUGACCCGGCGCUCGUCGGGGCGCGGCGUACCCGCGGAGUCAGUCGGCGAGGGGACAGGUCGAAAGGGACAAGCGGGGUUGGAGACGCCACCUCCUGGGCGCCUGCCUCUGUCUGUGCUGCUGGCUCCAGAGUCGGGGGGUGGAGGCAUUGCGACUCAGAAGACGAAUGUGCGUGGGUACGAGGGCAUGGACGAGACGCAGAACCUGGAACCGUUCAAGAGUGUGUCGUCAGUUGCAACGCAUAAGGCCCAGGAUCCAGUUUCGGUGAGGAAAACCAACUCAAUCGAUACAGAGGCCAAGGCUGUGGUGGGGCCGAGUGCGACAGCGACAUGUGGUUUGCAGACUCUCGACAUGCGGACUUUGGGGUCCUCUCGGAACGCUGCGCCGCUUCGGGUGCAGCCAGCCGGGCCUCUGCUGUCUCCGUCUGUCCCCUACGCCGGUGCGCAGGCGUCGCCUAGCACCCAGGCAUCCACGGGGGGCCUUCUCGCUGUUCCCUCGACCCUUGAGUUUCCUCUGGGGAGAACAAAGUCUGCACCGUCUGGAAGCAUUUCUGCUCUCCAGUCUAUUUCUCUUCUCCCUGUCGUCCGUCUAGAGGUUGCGUCCCCGCCGGGAGGUCACCCGGGCCGAGGUCGAGAAGAGCAGAGAGGCAGAGCCUUCGAGUCUCAACGUUGUGAGGACCAGCGAGAAUCUCACAGACACGCGCUGGCGCAGGGAAUUCCUUCCUCGCCUUCUUCCACUUCUUCCCGCUCCUCCUCCGUGUUCGUGGUCGGAAGCAGAGGCUCGGUGGACCGGAGAGGCGCCGACAUGAGCAGGCGAAUUCUCCCGGCUUCCUUGGUCGCAGAGGGUGCGGGGAACGUUCAGGCGCAAAGCGCAUGCAAGGACAGGAGAAGGGCCGGCAUUCGGAGAAGCGCCAGUGUAGAGACAGUCGUGGAGACAGAGACGCGGGAGCGAGCGGCGAGACGGAAAGAAGGGAGAGUCGUUGAGAAGGUGGCGGUCAAAGCAGAGACUGCAAAGGCAGGCUCGAGAGAAUUUGCCGCGCCCUCUUUCAUGGCCAUUCCGUUCCCUCACGAGGUCCCGCCUCCCCCGUUUCUCCGCAUGUAGGCAGUCGGUCUCAACGCUGGAAAUAGAAAAAAUGUCCUCAGAUGGUGUCGGGACGCACCUUCGAGGCGAACGCGCGAGAACCGCGUGGAGAGAAAAAGAGAUACAGGCGCGCAUGGCGGAGUUCGGAAAGCGAAACAUGUCAGAACGCGCCUCUUUUGAGUGCUGGCACAGGUGGAACGCUAAGGGAGGCUGGACAGAGCGACUCAACUGCAUGCAGGGCUUCCGAAAUGCGUUGGGAGACGCUGCCUCCAGCGCAGUACGUGGCUUGAAGCUCCAGAAUAAUGGCAUUCUCACGGGACUGCCGAGCGGGAGUGGCUUUCUUUCCAGAGUGAAGGAGAGUGAGACCCCGUCUAGUUUUUUGUCAGGAUUUGAGGACGGUCCAUGCUGUGCAUGAAAGAUUGGAGACAGGAGGAUACAAGCAGAUAGAGAAGCGAGGGAGGAGGAAAAAUGGGUGUGAUGGAGGCGACGGUUAAAAGGAAAGGGAAAGAAGAGGAACAGAAACAGGAAGAGAGGACAUCGGAACAGAAAGAAACUCAGAUCCAAUUACAAAAGGAGACAACCGAAAUGCUGAUGACAGAAAUAAGGCAUAAGCGUCAAGAAGACCUUCAGUGCAAGCUCGCUGUGGAAAAGCGACAAGACAAAGAAACAAACGGGAAAUCAGACAGAAUCAAACGGUGUUACGCGGAGCGAGUGCAGCAAUAUGGAGAAACCAACGAAAGAAGAAAUGCAAAAGAGCCGAACAGAUGAUACACCCCAAGCAGCAAAUACCUACGAGAGUUGAAACGAGGGACAAGAAAAAGGAGGACGCAGGUAGAAAAGGAAAUGACGCAAAGAACGGCGACAUCAAAUGAAAGACUGUUUACCAUCGCAUAUACGCUAAAUCAAAACGACCACGUUCUACAAAACAAGUCGCGCGAGCAUGUCCUGCUUGGAAAAAGAGAGGGGGAGAGCAAACGGUGAGGUGAGCGCUUUCUCUUCAGAGCAAUUCAGUGCAAGCACACAUGGAAAAUGUGCGAAUCUCACCUCGGUCGGUGCAGCUUUCACAUCCUCGGAGUUUUUCCUUGCAGGUGCUUGUCCUACCUUGUUACAACUUAACGGACCCUUCGCUCUCAGUGGGUAGUCACGAACCUCGCGAGAAAAGGCACUGCCUUUCGUUCGUGUUCUCGUUCGAUGCGCAUUCGCAUACGCAUGCGCGCACGGCUAUAUAAAGAUUACAAUGGAAAGAUCAAUAAGGAAAACUGGCUUUAUUGUUGGACUGCCAGUAGGGCCACCAGAUACAUUUGUUCUAGUCACUUUAGUGCAGAUCUCACAGAUACGAUGGAUACGAUUAUAGACCCUAAACAGAAGCAACAGCACUGGCGGGCUGUCGACAAACGAUGUAAGCAGGACCCCUCGCGGGAACUCAAGGAUAAUCGCUGUGAAGUGACACCGGAAAUGGGGGUGCGUCCUUAGGCUGAAUUGCAUUCGGUGAAUUUUGUUGCUGCUUCUUAACUAUAGAGCAUUUGAGAACCGUUGCUAUUCGGAAAACACCAGGGGUGUGGAGAGUGCCUAGACGCUUCCGCCGGUCCUCGUCAAUAUUCGGAACGGACACGGUCCCCAUCUAGAUCCACCUUCUGUGACCAUUCAAUCGAACAGAAAAUGAUUUUGACUUCGAUCCUGGCUCCGGAAGAAGGCUCUUGUUAAUUGAAUGAUAAACGAGCGCAGUUCGUGCAGCAACUCGUAGCGCCGAUUU